AUGUCGUGGGCGAGGCCCUACGGAGGGAGGGCGACGCCCGUGCCGGAGGUUCGCCUGCCGCAGCGAGGGAAGCCGCGAGAGGUGCCCUCAGCCACGCUGAGAGCUACGCUGCCCCGCUGGUUGGACUCGGCGGGUGCAGAGAAGCAAGGGGGAACUCCCACGCAGAGGCCUGCGCCGGAAACCAACUCCAACUCGCAUUUCCCACAGCAGGAGGUGAAUGCAACGGUGACGAGCCUAAAGUUGGACGGUGUGCUCAUCGCGAACGGAACCAGCACCUCCGUGAGCAAGGGCAACGCCUGGGGGGAGGAGCAAAUGCCACCUUGCUGUCCUGAGCCAAUGCAAGAUUCUCUUUCGGUGGUGGUUAGCAAGCAAAACUCGGACUGGGACUCCAGGCGCCACGGUCUCUUGGAGCGUCGGGAGCGGGAGUUGUCCCAUCAGAGUCCGAAUGGCGGUGACGGUCCUGCGCGGCAAGCGAGCGAGCUCUCGCGGCCGCUGUGUAUGCUGCUGCACACUCUCCUUGCCGAGUCGCGGAAACAGUGGCGAGCGGUGUUAUCCACGCGCGUAAAUGCACUAAAACGAGAGGUGCGACGCUCAGUCAGCGGGGCACUGCCAGACAGGAACGCCGGUGAUGAGAACGAGGAGGUGGAGUGGUCGGUGGCUCAGCUUUACAACGUUUUAGUAACCGGGCUCAACAGCGCGGCCACGGAGGAGUUCCUGACCGCCCGCGUCUUUGGCGGUGAUCCCUCGCUCUGCUACGAUAGCAUUGACUCCUUUGGGUUGUUGACGGUGUUUCGCGCGCCCGUACAGGAAAUACUGGCCCAGCAUGAGCAGCUUGCCCCAAGUCUGACGGUGCUUCGCCGGUACUUUGCCGCGCUUCAUCCCUCAAACGGCUGUCCAAAGUUCUUCACUCACACCGAAUCAUCAGCGUCUGAUGCUCUAGAGAAACUUGAUAUUUUUUUGCAGCAUGGUAAUACUCCAGAAGCGGUGGCCAAAGCCCUGCGUGGUAGAGUAAGUCACUCCUUGCGCCGUUUGUUGUACGCGCGUGCGUUGCAGCUUCCUAUUGUAGUUACGGAUGGGAAUUCACUUUUUGGAGGUCGUGGGGAACUGCAAGCGAAUCGUCAUUGCGAUGGCGUGGAAAGAUGCCUGACCUUUGCCACCAAACACAGUCGUGACAAGAUUCGACGGCGCAUGUGUCAUAGUUACGCCACACGGGAGCAGGAGGAGACGGCUAAGGUGAUUCAGGCUAUCAUAAAAGUGGAUAAUGCCCAAUUUGUGGGUAAUAGCGAUAAAUAUUUCAUUUUCGCGGAAGAGACAGAGAUGUUGGUCUUUUCCCUCCUCAUGGACAGGGGCCUACCAGAAAUGCACAUGAAACACACCGUGCGACAGUUGGGCCGCCCGUCCGCACAGUUGGACUCUUAUUUAGUCUUUUUGGAGAAUGCCGGGGGAGGGCCUGAGCCGCGGCAGCGCAAGGCACCGCCCUCUGGAUUCUUUCCUCUGCGCUCCUGCUCACUUCUCGUCGCACCUGUGUGUUACAUUACCGGCGACACCGUAGAGCAGUACGACCUCCUCUCCUCGCUAUUUGGGCAACUGUGGUUUCGGCUCCAAGGCCCCACACCUGAGCUGGCGCAGUGCUGUUGGAUUUUCGAGGCGCUGGUGGCACGCUUUGCCGCCCCAGCCUGCCUCCACGCCACCCGUGCGCUUGGCCUCCCACCGUUGCGUUUGGCUCUGCAGUGGAUGCUCACGGCUUUUGUGGAGGUGCUUGAGCCGGCGGAGCUCUUGAGUUUCUGGGACCUUAUUCUCUCGUACCACGUCGAAGAAAUGUUUGCUGAGCGUACGCCCCUGUCUGUGUCUAUUCACGCGAGUGAGGAGCAUGGGAUGGAGGAUGAGACGAAGGAGGAGGAGGCGGCGGCAGAGGACGGAGAAGAGGAAAAGGAGGAAGCCUCCUCCUCUGCCCCUUGUGCCCUGUGGCUGUUGCCGUUGCUGGCGGCAAGCCUUUUUGUGUACCGUGCCCCAUUGGUUGAGCGUUGCGCGACGGCGGAGGAGAUGCUGUUGGUUUUUAGAGAGGGUCACCACGUGCGGUGCCGGCCGCUUCUACAAUAUCUGCUAUUCAUGGCGAAAUGA